CACGAGUCAAGAAGGUUCGGCGAAGAAAAGACACUUGAAUUGAGGCUAGAGCCGGAAUGUUUGCUCUUGAAUCAGAAGUGUUGGUAUAAUUCUCAAGAGUCGCAAGCGAAUGACUCUGAUGUUGUCGUAUCACUGAUUUCCGACAGUUUUCGCAUCCCACCGGAGUUCCCACUAAAGGCUCAUCCUUGGGUUCUCCAUGGGCAUAUACCUCAAGAACCUACACUUCAACUCACACGAGCAAUCAAACACGCAGCAAAAGUCAUCAAAAUGCCGGAAGACUAUAUGUCUAUGCUGAAAAGCCUGCCAUCAGAGGUGGACAAGGUCAAACAACCUGUUGUCGGAGUAGCAACGGUAGACUUGGCCGUCCAAACAGGACCACCUCGUCAUCUCGCCUCUGGUAUUUUGUACGGAAUACCAGAUAAGCCUGAUCAGAUACCUGAUCACUUUUAUCAAGACAUUGGGUUCAAUUAUGGUCGUGGUGGAGGAUCCCAACUACCCGGAACCAAGGGUUACGCCGUCAGUCUCCCAGACUACAAGGCUCGCUUUGUCUCAGCGUUGAGUAACUAUAGAACUACUCGCAAACACGGCGGCGAGUUUAUUUACUUGCUCCCUGCAGCUUGGGGUGCUGAUGGUGGACAGUCGGAAGAUUUUGCGUACCCUGGAGACGAUGAUGAUUGGACGAGUUGGGAUGCAUUCCUUGAAAGGACGCUUGAUGAUGUGAAGAAGUCUGAUAUGAUCGAAGGGCUAGUUGUUGAUAUUUGGAAUGAGCCAGAUCUAAGCUUCUUUUGGAAUCGUUCCAUGGAGCAGUGGCUGGAGCUCUGGGCACGUGCAUUCAAGAAGAUCAGGGAAGAACUUCCGUCGGUUCGAAUAACUGGUCCAAGUAUCUCAGCCAUCCCCUCGACGUCCCAUGAAUGGUGGACAGCGUUCCUUUCUCGCUGCAACCCCGACAAUCUUCCUGAUCAAUGGUCCUGGCACAUGGAGGGCGGCGACGAAGCAGUCACCAUGGCGACCUCAAUGGCUUCAUUCCACGAUCUGCUGUCCAAGUUCGACAUCUCUCUCGAUAAAGCUCAAGACGUCAAUAUCAAUGAGUAUGCUGUUUAUGGAGAACAGGUCCCUUCUGCAGGAGCAUGGUGGAUCGCUGGUCUUGAGAGAGAGAAUGCACAUGGCCUUAGAGGGAAUUGGGCUAUCGCUGGAGCAUUGCAUGACUUUUUGGCCGGUCUCUUGAGUAAGCCGAGUGCUAGUGAUGACAGCUACGCCAUCGAGGGUGAAGGAUACUGGCCAACAGCCGAGUAUCAGGUCUACAAGUACUACGCUUCAAACAUGAAAGGACAGCGUCUACAGACUACGGCGAGUUCGGAUGGGUUGUUGGAGGUGUAUGCAACUGUUGAAGGAGAUGUCGUGCGAAUACUGGCGGGUACUCGUUCAAGACCAGGGAAUUGGAUGGUUGAUGUAUUAGGGCUGAGUGAAGAUGCACGAGUCAAGGUUAGGACCUUGGCUUUUUGUGUGGUUGAUGGGGAUAAGUUCAGGCGUGUUGAGAUGCCGCAUGAUCUAGGGGAGAGGGAGGAGGUUGUGAAGGAGGGGAAGAUGAGACUGAGGAUGAAGCAUCAAGAUCCGACGACGGCCUUUGCGUUCGAGUUAAGCGUUCUAGAGGGAAAAUAGAAGAGUAGAAGCGCUGGCUGAAAAAAGCUACAUGUCAAAUACACCAGGAGCUUUCUCGAUGGAAUCUUUCUCAGGCAAAGCGAGACUUGUAUAGUAAUGUUAUUUUCGCCAAGAGACUU